UAAAUCAAUUUAUAACUGAAUAGUUUGUCGGACAACAUAUAACGGGCGAUCAAAACAAGUAAAAAUAAAACAAAAAUGUCCUCCUCUAAAUGUCAUUAUCAUUUUUCAAUCGUUGAUUAUUUGGUCUGGAUUCCAGAGGGGCGUGCCCAUGUUGGUUGCUUUACGUGCGCGCCCCCUACAGUGUUUACUGCACAAGGGAGUCUUAAGUUGGAUCAGUGGUGGUCAUCACUAUUGAGAAAGGUUGCAGAAUAUGUACAGUAUCUGUGUCUUACCUAAUAGUUAUACUUAAUUGAGGUCUUAAAGGACGACUUGAGACUGUUACCAAAUUAUCUAGGAUCUCUACUGACAAGAGAUUUAUUCGCUAUGUACAAGUCUCUUUAUGCCUUUCGAUCCUCGGAGCCCAACUCUCUCCACUUCGCGGCUGGAGAAAGCUUUUUGAUCUUGGAACGCAGUAACAAACACUGGUGGCUUGGAUCUCGCUGCAGCUCCGGGGAGACCGGCUAUAUACCUGCCUCUUACAUCGAGAAAGUUCAGGCUCCAGAGCAGGAUGAGGUCUUGCAGUCAAUUGACAGAGCAAUAGAAGGCAUCCACAAUGUGGCCAUGAAGAAUGGAGGCAAAUACAACUUAGAGCAGAGAGAUGUGCUCCAGAAGUUGAUACAUCACAGAAAGGAAAUCCUCUCCCGGCGAAGCCCCACUCCAUCCAGCCACAAGCAGGCUCUCCCCUCCUCUGCCAGUGACCUGUCGCUCAGCCACACGCCUCCGCUGCCCAAUGGGCUUAACCGACCUUAUGGACGCCAGGCCAGCGAGCCAAUAGCAGAGCCCCCUGACAGGAUGCCAGGAGAUCCGGGAUUCUAUCAGGUGCCUCCUCAGCCUCGUCGAGCAGCACCAACAACCCCACCCCCACCCGAGAAGCGAAGAGAGACUCGGCGAACAGAGCCAGACACCAUCUCUCGAGUGUCUUCUACAGGUCAAGGUUCCACCAAGGCUUCUCCAAGGGGAGUUUCCCCGUCCAGUAGCUCCAUCUCAUUAGAUUCUGGUUCCACGCACUCUGUGGUGUCUUCGGACGUAAGUCUGCCCAGUGUGGCUGGUACUCCACCUCCGGUGCCCACCCGUGCCAAGGUCCCUCCUCCUCCAGUGGAGCAGCCUCAGCCUAGCCUGUCCCCACAGCCAGCUCCAUCCAAGAAAGGACCUGCUCCACAGCCUCAGCCACCUCCCCCUCCAGCUCCAGUGUCAACCAAUCAGGAGCCUGCAGAGGCGGAGUGGCCCUUGGCCCCACCCCCAGUGUCUAUAACUCCCCCAGGAAGUCCCACUAAGUCAGAACCUGUGCCCAUGACAACAGGGGCAGAACUCAUCGAGCUCGUCCGUAAAAACACAGGCCUUAGUUAUGAGCUUUCUCGUGUGGCUGUGGGCGUGGUUGUUGGCCACCUGCAAAGCACCAUACCCCAGGCAGCCUCGACUCUGGAGCAAAUCCUCAUCUCAUUGGUGGAGAGCAAGGAUUUGGGCACAGCCUUGCCACAGGGGCAAGUGUGCCACGAUGAGAAGCGCCUGGAGGUGAUCUUUGGAGAUCUGGAUCGUCACCGUGACGACUCGCAGCAGCGCAGCUGGGCUCUGCAUGAGGACCAUGCCGUCAUAGCUGGAUACCUGGAGGAGCUCCUACAGAUCCUAACGGAUGCAGACCCGGAGGUGUGCAAGAGGAUGUGUAGGGUCAACCAUUCAGAGCCUGUGAUGUCUCUUGUCUCAUAUUACCAGAUGGAGCACCGCGUGUCUCUGCGGCUGCUGCUGCUGAAGGUGUUUGGGGCCGUGUGUGGCCUGGACGCUGCUCUCAUCUCCACGCUGCUCAACUCCAUCCUGCCCAUGGAGCUGGCCCGCGACCUGCAGACUGACACACAGGAGCAUCAGAAGAUGUGUUACACGGCAUUGGUACUCUCCAUGAUCUUCUGUAUGGGGGAGCAGGUACCUUAUCACCAUUAUGAGCAUUUGAACAGUGACUUUAUGCAGUUCCUCCUGGAUGUUAUUGAGGACGGCCUUCCCUCAGACCCUACUGAACAGCUGCCAGACCUCUUCAUCAACCUGGUUCUGGCCUUCAAUUUGCAUCUGAGCGUGCCAGCCAAUAAUAUGGUCAUGAAGAGCCUGAUCAAGAAACCCAAUGUGAAGAUACUGACAGAGAAAAUACUACUGCUGCUAAACCGAGGGGAUGACCCUGUGUGUGUGUUCAAGCAUGAACCUCCAGCUCCGCAUUCAGUGCUCAAGUUCCUUCAGGAUGUGUUCGCUAACCAAGAGUCUGCCCAGAUCUUCUACCGCACCGACAUGAUGGUGAUGAUCGACAUCUGUGUCCGUCAGAUUUCUGACCUGUCAGCUGGAGAAAAGCUGAGGAUGGAGUACCUGUCUCUCAUGCACGCCAUCAUGCGCUCCACUGACUACCUGGAGCACCAGCACCGCAUGGACGACCUGCGUGCCGCGCUGCAGAGGAUCCUCGGGGAGGAGGACGAGAUGGGGGCUGCCGACGGCUCCAGCAAUGUCCGGCAAAUGGACAAGCUCAUCGCGCAGGAGAUCUACCGAGAGUUCCCCCAGAUCUCAGCGGGCAAGAGCUGAGAGCCCCAGGGGAGGCUGGAGGCACCGGCCUCAGGUGGAAGGCAGAGCAAACUGCAGUCUAUUCCCCCUGGAGAGGCAUCCAAAUCGAGUGCCAUGACAACAUACUUACCCGACAGAACAAAAACAAAUCAGUCUUACCCUGUGAUCCCUUUUACUAGAUUAAUGCAAUAAUAACUAAAUCUCACUAAAUCUCAAAUGUAUCUGAUACAAAUUUGAAAUGACAAGUUUGCUCAUCAUAUCCACUGAUACUAUGGGAUUGAAUGCUUUGAAUGAUUGACAGUCAGAUUAAAGGAGACAUGAGCAGUCGUAUCAUUCAUUUUUUAAAGUGCUUGUGCCAGAUGUGGAUGUUCUGCUAAAUGCAGGACCCAGACUGCAGUUUCCCUUCUUCCUCUGAGAUUCAUGCUCUGCUGUGCUUCCUCUAUCUGCAUUACAAGUUAAGCUCUCAUUGCGUCUCUGCUUUCCCUGCAGGUGUUAGUCGCAGCCAGUUCAACAUGCCUACACAAAACACUGUCUUGGUAAUGAGGUGCAUUGCUGAAUGCGAGCUCACUGAUAUUGCUGUGGUGAAAAUAGCUUCCAUAGCAACCUGUGGUUAAUAUCUAAAUAUCUAGAGCUAUGACUUGCAGCCACUUGCUCAGCCUUAAAGAAACACAAACCGACAGAAACACGCAUUUGUGCUCACUGCUUGCACAAAUACACACUCUAUGCAUAUCUCCCUCUCUCGCCCACCCUCACACACACACGCACACACUUCCUCUGAUUCUGAAGUUCGCAACGCUCUACUUACCAUACUAACUGUUCUUAUUCCUCUCCCCUAAAGCACUUAAGCUCUCGCAAUACCAGCCAGCUGAUGUAAAGGGAAUGUCCUCCUGUCAAGAACAAGAUAAUGUGACAAGAUAACUCCUCUCCAUUUCUACCUCUCUGUUGUCCUCAACUGACAUCUCUCUUGCAGCUUUUUUCUCUGUAUUGAUAGCUAUACUGGUACUGUAUUGUGAUUAGAAUGCAUACUGUAAUGUACCUUCACUUGGACAUGACCCAAUUGCCUGUUACCCCCCAGUCCCAUCUUUCUUAUAGCAUUGUGUUCCUGAGGGCACCCUUUGUUCAGCAUUAUAACUGUGAUGCUAUUAGGUACAGCCACACACCCACACUUUCACAAAACAAACAUCAUCACAUACAUUAACACCCUUGAAAGCACGGUAUUUAAGGAAAACAGGAACUAGUACGCUUUUCUGUGUGAGACCAUUCAGUUACUGAGAUGUGUUUGUGUGAGUGGCUACGUAUGCUACCUAGUUUUGUGUUAGCACUUUUGUGUUGAGAGUGUUGGUUAUCAUGUCUUGUUCUUUCAUGGUAUGUUUGUCCUGUUUUCCAGGGGUGUGCGUUGCAGUUUGAUUAAUGAUAAUAGUAUAUUUUCCCUUGUUUGAAAUGUUUUGGAAAGGCAUAGAAGGGGGAUGGUAACAAAUUGUAUUUUCUUAAAGUUUACAAACUAUUAAAAUGCCAGUCAUCUCUCAACAAGCAGUA